UCCAGAUCUGAUUCCGACCUCACAGUACUCCGGCAAGUCCUAGAGGCUGAAGUUUGGCAAACCUACAAAGUUCCCCCAAGAUCAUAUCCAGGAUGACAACACCCUUUUUCUCCCAUGGACUCCUCCUGCUAGUAGGCUUGUGCUGUCUGCUUCUCAUAACCAAGACUAAACAUGAAAAACUCUAUGAAGACCCAAGCAUUGAUCCCUUCCAGUGCCGGAAGGUGGCUCUCACCAUCUGCAAUAUCUCCAUCUCCUUGUUCAAAAAGACGGCCCAACUGUCAGCAAAUGGAAAUAUUUUAUUCUCCCCUAUUAGAGUCAUUGCUGCCAUUUCAAUGCUGUCCCUGGGAGCCAAUGGCAAUUUAAGCAAACACAUCCUGGAGACCCUAAGGUUCAACAAAACAGGCUUGCCUGAAGCGGAGAUCCACAAGUGUUUCCAGUAUCUGCUCCAUUCUGUCCACCAGCCUGAAGAGCCAUCAUCACUAGAAAGUGGCAGCAGCGUGUUCAUCCACCAGGACCUGACAUCAGUAGACAAAUUCGUGAAAGGAGUCAAGGACCUAUACCAUUCUGACAUGAUCUCCAUAAACUUUACAGACAGCAGUCAAGCCAAGACAGAGAUCAACAAUUACGUGAUGGAAAAAAGCAAGAAGGGAAUAGAGAACAUUGUUAAGAAUCUGGAGAGUAACACGUUCCUGACUGUGGUGAACUACAUUAUCUGGAAUGGCAACUUCGCAACCUACUUCAUCAUACCUGAUCCAGGGAAGAUGCAGAAGGUCGAACAGAGUCUGACCUACCCACACUUCCGCCGGAUGAGACGACAACUAUUGAUAAGGAUGGUUGAUUUAGAGAUACCAGAACUAUCAUUGUCUGAGACCCACGACUUGGAGUCAGUGAUGAGUCUAUUAGGAAUCACCUACGUUUUCAACGGUGGCACCAACAGCUCUGACAUGAAUGACACACUUCAGAAGUCCUUCAAGGUGCUAAGUAAGGCCGUGUUGACCAUCGAUGCAAAGGGGGCAAAGCCUGGGACAAACCCAUGCUUUAAAAAGGACAGAUCGACUGAUAUGGGUCGGAUUCAGCUCAACAGACCUUUCCUGAUCUUCAUCCAGGAUCAAGCGAAUGAUGUCCCCCUCUUUAUAGGCAGAGUGGUAAAUCCCCAAAACUAACUGCUCUUGGGAAUCAGCCCCUCUCCUGAGAGCCAUGUCCCUUUCUGGGUAACAUUAAACAUGGGGUCGUUUCACCCAUGCCUGAGUGCAAGCAGCAAAUCCCUCUCCUUGUGGUGUCUGUGUCUUCCUCUGUCCCCUGAGGUAUGUGGAGUCUCCAGGUCACAUUGCAUCGCAGUGUCUCCUGCAUCUGUGUUAAGGAGAUCCCCAUGAUGUCCCAGUUCCAGCACUAAAGGGAGGGGACCGUGUCCCCUUCGGGUUGUACUGUGUCAUCUCACUGAGCCUGGCCUCUCUUAUCUUACCAGAAUUUUCCUGAGAAUGAAUGGCUGGAGGAAAUAGUUGGUAGAACUCUUUCUUCUCAGGACUGGAGCAGGACACCAGCCUCUGUCACUGUCAUUCCUUCCCUGCCAGAAGGGACUCACACGAAUCCUCCAAUGAACAGAGAGGUCUCUGGGUGAUUUCCCUCAGGCUUCUCCUACCAUCAGGCCAUCUGGGCACAAAGCCACUUACUCGCUGACCGUGAAGCCAUGCUGUAUGAAUGGCUCUGAAAAGUCAUAAGGAUAGAUACCUACAUGAGAAGGACACCUUUCCUUUCCCUAGAUCCCCCUGAGAUCUUCCUGAAGUCAAUAUGCACCUGCCCCUACCCCAUCUCCAGGCUCUCAACGUAGUAUUGCAGGGAUAAAUAUAAAUCUAGUGCCUCAUAGUAGAUCUCAGGAUUCAUCCUUGUCAACAGGGCCAGGCAGUCUACCCUAUCCUCCUCAACCUUUGUUAUGCCCAGGUCUUGGGAACCCCAUAAUAACUCUAGGAAUUUCUAGUCCAAUGUAAUAUAACAAAAGAGCUUUUAUUCGAGUCAGAUCAGAAGCAAAAACCUUUCCUACUGCGCAGGUUAGGAAUGUGAUGCUCGCUGCUCCAGUUCAGGGGCUUGGAGUAUGCAUAAGCAGGGAUCCUUGGGCUUUGGGAUUAUGUAACAGGGGAGGUGACAAGAAGAAGCCAUCCUUCAAACCUGAUAUCGUUUGUUCAAACAGUACAGAACUGUGAAGCUGGGAGGGGCCUCUUCUGACCUCUGACCUGGGAAGUAACUUCAUUGAGUUAUCAGGAACUAGUGUGGUUUUACAAACUUGCCAGAGCUGUCUGGGGACACUUAACUGCCCUUCUCUCGUGGCCCAAGAGUGGGGCACUUAUCUUUUCAAGGAUGUUUGAUCCUUGUUUCUCUCAAGGACAGGAGCCAUCUGCACUGUAGAGAUAUUAGUUAUCAAGGAGAAUGCCAGCCUCGGUGACACAGAGGCUGGGAUAUAUUGCCUUUUGUCUGUCCCCAAAGCCGGUAUCUGCUGCUCCCCCAGUGGGGAGGGAUGUUGGGGGUCCAUUGGGGGAAGGGAGCACCACCAUGAGAAGGGGAAUUGCAAUAUUCUGGCGCCAGGCUGGGCCCUCUCUGUUUGCCCUGUCUGAAAGGCUGUAGGCAUCUAUGCUGGGAGAAGGGGGAAGGGGAGAGGAGUGGUGGGAGAGGGCAGAGGCUGGUUUCCAGCAUCUCUUCACCUUCAGCCUGUUAACUGCCUGCAGCAGCCAGAAUCCCCUUCCCAGGAAAUGCACCCACUGCCCAGAACACUUCUGCACUGUGGGAGUGCUGCCUGCUUCAUCUGAAGAUUUCCCCCAUACCCCACCCCAAUCUUAACUCCCUGAAUAAAUUUGGACAGAAAGC